AUGCGCAAGAAGGUGCUUGAGCCGGCGAUCUCUAAAACCUUCAAAGAAGCCAUGCUUGUCGUCAAGGCAUUAGGCGAAAGAUACAUCUGGAUUGACUCUCUCUGUAUCAUACAGGACUCGCCUAAUCGAUCUGAUUGGUUCGAAGAAUCUACGAAGAUGCACGCCAUAUACGCUAAUGCGUUCUGCAAUAUCUCAGCUACUGGCGCCGUCGAUGGUAGAGAUGGAUGCUUCUUCGACCGUUCCCCGCUCCUUGUUCGACCAUUGCGAAUUAAGAUUGCUGGGGGUGAAGACUUACCUCCUGGUACUUAUCUAUGUGUAGACUGUGAUAUCUGGUCUGGCAAUAUUGAUAACGCACCGUUGACUCGUAGGGCUUGGGUUGUGCAAGAGCGGCUCCUAUCAAGAAGAGUAAUUCACUUCAGUCAACGGCAAAUCUUCUGGGAAUGUCGAGAGAGACAGACCUGCGAGAUCUUUCCUCAUGGCGUGCCACCUCAACUUCAACAGUCGCACGAGGCCAUGUUUAAAGGAAUUGACCCCGACAUUGAAGGAGCCCGGGCUAGGGAGCGCCGUGGACGAGUAUCCCAUCCCGAGCUGAACGUCUAUGAGCUAUGGAAUUCGAUAGUCGAGGCCUAUACCCAGGCAAGCCUUACGAUGGAAGACGAUAAGUUCGUUGCGAUCAUGGGUCUGGCGCAGCGUAUUCAGGAACUCUUGGAACGGAGAUACUUCGCUGGUCUCUGGGAGAAAUAUCUUGCAGACCAGCUUCUUUGGUCCCCAGCUCGUAGCCGGGGGAUGGUCAAACCACAAAAGUACAUCGCUCCAAGCUGGUCGUGGGCGUCCUUUGUCGUCCCUAUCACGAGCCCCUGUCUUAUCAGGGAUACAACGGACGACAAUACGCUGAUCCAGAUAGUUGAUCUGGAUGUCCAAACGAUCAACGAUCAUCCUCUAAGCCAGGUCACUAGCGGCUCGCUUCGUCUUCGAGGAUCAUUGGUAAGGGGUAGGAUAUGGAAAGAGAUCUCCGAUGGGGGGAGGUUGGGCGAACUGACAACUGUCAAAUAUGACAUCUACGACAACGGAAAACUCGAGCAGGUAGAUUAUAUUCCGAACCUUGAUGUAUCAGAUCCUCCCGGUAGCGUAUACGUUCUGCCCGUGAAGAGCAUCACGUAUGAGACCAACGGAGGUCUACGAGCGAGGGGACUGCUCCUGCAACUCACUGGGCAGUGUAUUCGAGAGUUUCGGCGCGUAGGAACAUUCCAGGUCAGGGAUCUGAGAGUGCAGAACGCACACACACAGUACGUUCCACUAGUGGAUGGUGAUCCGUUGAGUGCAGACGAUAUCUGGUUGGACGGAUUCAAAUUAGACGGCAAGACAUUAGAUACCUUGACAAUCGUAUAG